AAGCCGCCAUUUUCAAAAUUACAGUCUUGCUUACAGUUUGAGAAACGAAUUUGUGAUCUAGUCCUUCGAAGUUUCAGUCACCAUGUCAUUCAAAGAGGCUGUGGAAACUCCUAAUGAAGUAAUUACAGUUCUUUCCAGCGCAGAAGACGAAGAAACUCUGGAAAAAGUAGCGAAAACCUAUAACGACAUCGAUGAAGAACGAUCGGUUCAGCAAGAAAGUGUGAAGUCGACUUUGCGGGCCUUGAGUAAAUUGUUAGCAGAGAAAGAAGUAGAGGAAAAAGCUUUGAGAGUUGACGAAAAACUCCCUAAGAUAGAGAAGCUGCAAGUUGAAAAAGAUACCACCGUAAAGCACAUCGAAAAACUGGAGGCCGACGUCAAAGUCUUCGAGAAGAACAUUACUGAAAAAGAGGCAGAAAUGAAGGAAUGGAAUGAGAAGGCCGUAGAGGUGAAAACCGAUCGAGUGGAAGUUCUCCCGCAAACGAAGUACAAUUUCAGCCUGUAUACAAACGUGAGUCAUAUCAGAUGGGAUUAUGAAUGCGAAGAUGACCAAGUGAAAGGAUUUAUCGCGAACCUAAAUGAUGUUAAACCAUUUUGUUUUAGUAAAAGUGGGAAAACCAAAUACGAUAUUGUCAACGCCUUGUGGGACCUUCUAGAUGGCUGACUCACGGUUUACGGGGAAUUCGAAGAAAACUCAUCCUUGUAAGAUAUGUCAUGAGCAAAUGACGUUUUUAGAACAUUUUAGACAGUAUUUUUUUAAAUGGUACGUAAACUUAAAUGGCGUGUUUGUUGUAAAAUAUUGACAAUAUUGUAUUUUUAUCAGCUUUUACCUAUCAAGAGAUUCUUUGUAUGCAUAAACUAUGCAGGCCUUCACUGUCUGCAAAUCAGAACUGGAGAAUUUCUUUAAUCGCCUGAACAAGUAUACUUAGUGCUUAUGACUCGUAACUACAAAACUAGACUUAAAUCCCUUACAUGAUAUUUUUCACAUAUUUUGUCUGUAUAUUAAAGUAAGUCAGACACUUUUCCACUGUAGGGCCUUGGGUAUGCCCCUCAGUUGUGAGAUUCUGCACAUUCAUGUUUUUUCACACUGCUCAAACUACAUCAGAGGGAUGAAGUGUACCAAGGGGGGUGGUCAUAGGGUUCAUGUAACCUCUCCCCCAUUACCAAGAAUCAUGGCAGUUUUUAUAUAAUUUUACAAUCUGAAAUGCCUUUGGAUUCAGCUGAGUUUUGUUUGCAGGCUUCCCUAGUCUGUUUAGCCUGUGCCAGGAUUUUGGUUUGCAAAGACAAGUAAGAAAGCAUGCGAAUGAAAUUCUCUCUCCUCGUUAUGACCUUGUUCCCAAGGGCAUUUUGCUUUUUCAAAGGGAAAAACCCUGGAAUGAGGUUGCUCUCCUUUCCACUCUCAUUUUUGUUUAAAGUUUUGUAAGUCCUGUUCCAUGCUCUCAGUCAAUAGAAACAAGCAGUGAAGAACAUGUAUGAAAAGUGGCAGGAGUCGGGCAGUUGUUUAACCACAGUUUGAUGUUUACUAGCUCUUUCACCCCCGCGCUAGCUCGCCUCACAAACUGAGCACUUGAAACAAGCUUAUAUUUUGUUAAACCACUUCACCUCAUGUAAACUCACCAUAAAUCAUUGCUAUGUCAUACCUUUUACUAAGCAUCAAAACAAAGACAUAAAUCCUUACUGAAACAACUCUCUCAAGAAUUGCAUCAGAGGCUGCAACAAUUAAUCUGGGAUUAACCCAAUUUUCUGUGAUGUUUGUUACUUAAGAAUUUGAAUAGACUUAGGGGACAUCUGGAAAUCUCAUUGGCUCAGCUUCAAAGACAAUGAUCUGUGAACCUUGAAAUAUUUUUUUUUCUUUAGCUGUAUAUUUUUUUCACCCAUUUGAACUCUACUCUUGGAGCUAGUUUACAAUGUCAUCCUAAUUGAAUUAGAUUUUGCUCAUUAAUUAAAACCUUCAAAAGUAUUCUUUGAAAAAAAAAAAAAAAAAAAUGAAGGGAGAGGAAAAACAAGGAGGCAGUGUGACUGAGUGGUUAGAGUGUCAGACUCGUAAUCCGCCGGUCC